ACGGAACCACACAUCUCCACCACCGCCCUCGACCGCCCACUCGCACGUUCCACUUCAUCAUCGCUCUCUGAGCCUCUGUCGCAUCUCGUCUGUCCCCUCCCAUUCGUUCACAGCCACGCUGGACGGCGAUACGAGACUCCCCUGAGCGCCGGUGGAGGCGAUUCCAUCCCGACAGCCAUCCUUUCGCCAUCUUCCCCCCUCCCCCGACUCCUCGCCCAACAUGCUUCUACCAGCGAACAAAGGUGGCGGCAUGACUUGGAAGAGUGCGCGGGCCAGACUCCCGCCCUCGCGCACCGUCUUGAACCUCCUCAUCCGCACCCGCUUCCUCCUUUUCGUCGCCGUUGCCGGCAUUGUAUUAUUAUUAUGGAACGGAUUACGAGGCACCGCCGGCGAGGUGCAAAAAUUCUACUGCUGGGGCCCCGCCAAAUCCCCCCGAGACAUGACGCCCAACGAACAAGCGGAGUGGUCGGGACGGCUCCAAACGCCCGUCAUCUUCAACCACCACGCCCCGAUAGAAAUCAACAGCCCGACAAUCCAACGAGUCGAUCUCAACCCCAUCCACUCCACCACCAAACCCGUGUCGAACGAAGAGCGCAUCCUCAUCCUCACCCCGCUCCGCAACGCCGCCCCCUACAUCGAAAAGUCCUUCGACCUCCUCACCCAGCUCACCUACCCCCACAACCUAAUAGAUCUCGCCUUCCUCGUUGGCGACAGCACCGAUGAUACCCUCGCCGUGUUGUCCAUCGAGUUGGAGAGAAUACAGUCGCGCACGGACAACAUCCCCUUCCGCAGCGCCACCAUCAUCGAGAAGGAUUUCGGCGUGACGCUGAGUCAAAAUGUGGAGGACAGACACGGUUUCGCGGCACAAGGACCGCGAAGGAAGGCGAUGGGAAGAGCGAGGAAUUACCUGCUGUCUGCAGCGCUCAAGCCCGAGCAUAGCUGGGUGUACUGGCGGGACGUGGACAUUGUCGACAGCCCGAGCAAGAUUAUUGAGGACUUUAUCGCGCACGAUAGGGAUGUGCUGGUGCCGAACAUCUGGUUCCACCGCUACGAAGACGGCUUCGACAUCGAAGGGCGCUUCGACUACAACUCCUGGCAAGAAUCCGAGACAGCACUCAAGCUUGCUUCCACGCUUGACAAGGAUAUCGUGCUAGCUGAGGGCUACAAAGAAUACAAAACAGACCGCACAUACAUGGCGCGCAUGGGCAACUGGCGCGACAACAAGGACAUCGAAAUCCCCCUCGACGGCAUCGGCGGCGUCAACAUCCUCGUCAAAGCGGACGUGCAUCGAUCAGGCAUCAACUUCCCCUGCUACGCCUUCGAAAACCAAGCCGAGACGGAAGGCUUCGCGAAAAUGGCCAAGCGCGCGGGCUACGGCGUGUACGGCUUGCCGAAUUACGUCGUGUGGCAUAUUGAUACGGAGGAGAAGCCGGGUAAUGCGUAGUGCAAAAAGCUACUAGAUGCAAGGGCAAGGCAAGAAGAUGGGAAGGUGGCAUUUCUGUCGGGCGUUUGAUGGGUGGUUCUUGCUUUCAUUAUGAAUUUUGGAGCAGCGUUUGUGCGAUGAAAGGGCGAUUUUGUGUAGAGUAUGUUCUACUUUUCAAUUGAGUGUUGUGUUAUCUGGGGAUUACUAAAAGUGUGU